CAGUGAGCGGCGGGAGGCAGUGCCCCGGCAGCCGGCGGAGGGCGGCCGGUCACCCCCGCCGCGGGUCACCUGCCCGGCCCAGGUGGGGCGAUGCGGAGCGGAGGAGGCUGCUUUGGAGAUUGCUGCCGCUUCUGAGGGAUGUUUUGUGUGUGUUUACCUCCGCUCCCGGUUUCUCUUUCAUCUGAGGACGCAUCUGGCUCCAGCUCUGUUAAACUAUCUGCCUCCUGGUACCGUUCGUAGAUAACAGAAAGAAACCUGAGCCCGAGAGGCAAUUCCCCACCUUCUUCCACCUAACGUAACCUUUUCAGGCGCCUUUGAAGGUUUGCUGGUGCUCCGGCGAUGAUGGCAGUGGUGGGUUCCCUUGGGCUGUACUAAGAGCCUCUUGUUUUCUUUUCCCUUUCUUCUUAGAGGCAUUUCAUCUUUAAGGGCCCGCUGCUUGCGUACACUUUUAUACCCACCGAAGCGAUCAAGAAACCAUGUUGCGUGGUGGAAGAAGUGCGUUUCUGUGCCUUGGAAUGAUACUGAGCUUUUGGAGCUCUGCAAGUUGGAUGCCUGUCGGAGGAUGCCCACAUAAAUGUACGUGUAUUGCUUCCAACGUGGAUUGUCACGGACUGGGACUCAAAACUGUACCGAGGGAUAUUCCCAGGAAUGCAGAGAGACUUGAUCUAGAAAAAAACAACAUCACAAGAAUCACGAAGACGGACUUCACAGGACUGAAGAAUCUCCGUGUCUUGCACUUGGAAGAAAAUCAGAUUAGUGUGAUUGAACGUGGAGCGUUUCAGGAUCUAAAACAACUUGAACGGCUGCGUCUGAACAAGAAUAAAUUGCAAGUUCUUCCAGAGCUGCUUUUUCAGAACACACAGAAGUUAACUAGAUUAGACCUGAGUGAAAACCAGAUAAAAGGAAUCCCUAGAAAGGCCUUUCGAGGAAUCGUUGAUGUGAAGAAUUUGCAACUGGACAACAACCAGAUCAGCUGCAUCGAAGAUGGAGCCUUCCGAGCCCUGCGCGACCUGGAGAUCCUUACUCUCAACAAUAACAACAUCACCCGCAUUCCUGUUACCAGUUUCAAUCAUAUGCCAAAGAUCAGGACUCUGCGGCUUCACUCCAACUUCCUGCACUGCGACUGCCACCUGGCCUGGCUGUCGGACUGGCUGCGGCAGCGCCGCACCAUCGGGCAGUUCACCUUUUGCCUGGCCCCUGUCAACCUGCGCGGCUUCCUGGUGGCAGAUGUGCAGAAGAAGGAUUUUGUCUGCUCCGGUUCCCAGUCUGACCCUCCGUCGUGCAGUGCCAGUUCCAUCACUUGCCCAUCUGCCUGCACCUGCAGCAACAAUGUGGUGGAUUGUCGAGGAAGGGGCUUAACAGAAAUUCCAGCUAACCUCCCAGAGGACAUUUGGGAAAUACGUUUGGAACAAAACCUCAUCAAAAUCAUUCCCCCUGGAGCUUUUACCCAGUACAAGAAGCUUAAGAGAAUAGACAUCAGCAAGAAUCAAAUCUCUGACAUUGCGCCUGAUGCAUUCAAAGGCUUGAAGUCUCUCAUUUCAUUAGUGCUCUAUGGAAACAAGAUCACAGAGAUUCCCCAGGGCCUUUUUGAUGAUCUUGUGUCUCUGCAGCUGCUGCUUCUCAAUGCCAAUAAGAUCAACUGCCUGAGGGUAAACACGUUUCAAGGUCUGCAUAAUCUCAAGCUGCUAUCUCUUUAUGACAACAAACUGCAGACCAUCAGCAAGGGGCUCUUUGCACCUCUCCGAUCGAUCCAGACUCUACAUUUAGCUCAGAAUCCAUUUGUGUGCGACUGCCAUUUGAAGUGGCUGGCUGAUUACCUGCAGGAUAAUCCGAUAGAGACCAGCGGCGCUCGGUGCAGCAAUCCACGUCGCCUUGCCAACAAGCGAAUCAGCCAGAUCAAGAGCAAGAAGUUCCGCUGCUCAGGGUCAGAGGAUUACAGAAGCAAAUUCACUGGGAAGUGUUUCAUGGACCUUGUCUGUCCCGAGAAGUGUCGCUGCGAGGGAACAAUUGUAGACUGCUCUAAUCAAAAACUCACCCGAUUACCCAGUCACCUUCCUGAGUAUACUACUGAUCUGCGUUUGAAUGACAAUGAUAUUUCUGUUUUGGAAGCCAUUGGACUCUUCAAGAAAUUGCCCAACCUUAGAAAAAUAAAUCUAAGCAACAACAAGAUCAAGGAGAUCCGAGAAGGCACAUUUGACGGAGCUUCAGGAGUACAGGAGCUGAUUCUGACAGAGAAUCAACUGGAGUCAGUGCAUGGACGGAUGUUUCGAGGCCUCACAGGGCUAAAGACAUUGAUGCUGAGGAGCAACUCUAUCAGCUGUAUAAACAAUGACACCUUUGCUGGACUGAGCUCAGUGAGGCUUCUUUCUCUGUAUGACAAUCACAUCAGCACUAUCACCCCCGGAGCCUUCAGCACAUUAGUCUCUUUGUCUACAAUUAAUUUGCUGGCUAACUCCUUUAAUUGUAACUGCCAUUUGGCCUGGCUGGGAAAAUGGUUGAGGAAGAAGAGAAUUGUCAGUGGAAAUCCACGCUGCUUGAAACCCUUUUUCUUAAAGGAUAUUCCAAUCCAAGAUGUAGAUGUCCAGGACUUCACCUGCGAUGGUAAUGAAGAAAGCAGCUGCUUGCUUUCACCUCCCUGCCCUUCCCAGUGUACCUGUGUGGACUCGGUGGUACGCUGCAGCAACAAAGGGCUGCGGAUAUUGCCCAAAGGAAUUCCCAAAGACGUGACUGAGCUGUACCUGGAGGGAAACCAUCUGACUGCUGUGCCAAAGGGGCUCUCCACCUUCAGACACCUCACACUGAUUGAUUUGAGCAACAACAGCAUAAGUGUAUUGGCCAAUUAUACCUUCAGCAACAUGACUCAGUUAUCAACACUCAUCUUGAGUUACAAUAGACUCCGGUGCAUUCCAGUCCACGCCUUCAAUGGGCUCAGGUCUCUUCGAGUGCUGACACUCCAUGGAAAUGAUAUUUCCAGUGUUCCUGAAGGUUCUUUCAACGACCUGGUAUCCCUGUCCCAUCUGGCUCUGGGCACCAACCCUUUGCACUGUGACUGCAACCUCCGCUGGCUUUCCGAGUGGGUGAAGGCCGGGUACAAGGAGCCAGGGAUAGCCCGCUGCAGCGGGCCCGAUGCCAUGGUGGACAGGCUGCUGCUCACAACACCAACACACCACUUUCAGUGCAAAGAGCCGGUGGAUAUCAGUGUUGUGUCCAAGUGUAAUCCCUGCCUCUCCAACCCAUGUAAGAACAAUGGGACGUGCAACAAUGAUCCACUGGAGAUUUAUCAAUGCACUUGCCCUUUCGGCUUCAAGGGUCGUGACUGCAGCGUGCCCAUUAAUUCUUGUAUCCAAAAUCCAUGUCAGAAUGGAGGGACCUGCCACCUCACCGAGGCAGAUAAAGAUGGAUUCAGCUGUUCUUGUCUCCUUGGGUAUGAGGGGGAGAGGUGUGAAAUAAACCCAGAUGACUGCGAGGAUAAUGACUGUGAGAAUAACUCUACAUGUGUGGAUGGGAUCAACAACUAUGUCUGUCUCUGCCCUCCUAAUUACACAGGUGAGCUGUGUGAUGAGGUGAUUAACCACUGUGUUCCUGAUCUGAAUCCAUGCCAACAUGAGUCCAAAUGCCUUCCCCUUGACAAAGGAACCAGAUGUGAAUGCUUGCCGGGCUACAGCGGAAAACACUGCGAAAUAGAUGAUGAUGACUGUGUGGGCCAUAAGUGUCACCAUGGAGCUGUCUGCGUAGAUGCAGUCAAUGGCUACACCUGCAUCUGUCCUCAGGGCUUCAGUGGACUCUUCUGUGAAACUCCUCCACCGAUGGUCCUGCUGCAGACGAGCCCAUGUGACAAUUACGAGUGCCAGAACGGGGCGCAGUGCAUCGUCGUGCACCACGAGCCCGUCUGCCGCUGCCUCGCCGGCUUUGCGGGCCAGAAGUGCGAGAAGCUCAUCACUGUCAACUUCGUGGGGAAGGAUUCCUACGUGGAGCUGCCGUCAGCCAAAAUCCGCCCUCAGGCAAACAUCUCCCUCCAGGUAGCAACGGACAAGGACAAUGGCAUCUUAUUAUACAAAGGAGACAACGAUCCUUUGGCUCUGGAGUUGUACCAAGGACACGUGAGGCUCAUCUACGACACACUUAAUUCUCCACCUACCACAGUAUACAGCGUGGAAACAGUAAACGAUGGGCAGUUUCAUAGCGUGGAGCUCGUGAUGCUGAAUCAAACUCUGAACCUGGUGGUGGACAAGGGGACUCCCAAGAGUCUGGGAAAACUCCAGAAACAGUCUUCAGUCACCCUCAACACACCGCUCUACAUUGGAGGGAUCCCAACCUCCUCUGGCUUGUCGUCGCUGCGCCAGGGUGCAGAUAAGACACCGAAUGGUUUCCAUGGCUGUAUCCACGAUGUCCGCAUCAACAACGAGCUGCAGGAUUUCAAGGAUUUACCACAGCAGUCCCUGGGAGUCCUUCCUGGCUGCAAGUCCUGCAACAUCUGCAAGCACGGUAUCUGUCGGUCCCUGGAGAAAACAAGUGUGAUCUGUGAAUGUCACCCAGGCUGGACGGGCCCCCUGUGUGACCAGGAGAUUGGAGACCCGUGUCUUAACCACAAGACUCUGAAGUGCAACCACGGACAGUGUAAGAUGUCGGAGCAUGGGGAGCCCUACUGCGAGUGUGAUCCCAACUACAGCGGGGAGCACUGCGACAGAGAGAACCUCUGCCAAGGAGACAUCAUCCGGGAAGUUGUCCGUAAGCAGCAGGGCUACACGUCGUGUGCCACUGCCUCCAAAGUGCCGCGCCUGGAGUGCCGCGGCGCCUGCGGCAGCGGGCAGUGCUGCGUGCCCCUCCGCAGCAAGCGGCGGAAAUACUUCUUCCAGUGUGUGGAUGGCUCCACCUUCACGGAGGAACUGGAGAGACAUGUGGAAUGCGGCUGCUCCAAGUGCUUAUAAGCCAUUCUCCAGUCUCUUGCCACUUUAAUCGACUCAGAAGCGCUAUCAAAAUGGGACCUAUUUACUUUCAGAGUGAAGAAGAAGAAAAGAAUUAUUAAGUAUAUUGUAAAAUAAGCAAAAAAUAGAACUUAUUUUUAUUAUGGAAAGUGACUAUUUUCAUCUUUUAUUAUAUAAAGUAUCGCACCACUUUGGGUAUAUGUAUCAUAUAGUGAGCUAUUUUUACCAUGAAACUUUUUUAACAGUUGUAAGAAAGAAAAAAAAAAUCAAAAGUUAAAAGUUAACAAAAAAAGAUUAUAAAGCAAACCUUGCCUAAAGGAGAAAUGUGGGGUGACUGUAGGUGUGUGCACAGUGACCCGAUGUAAAGGUGUUCCAAGGACCUGCCACAGGACUGAUCCAGGCUGGAGGAAUCUCCGAGGCGCUGGGUGGGUGUGCCAGGAGAGCAGAUCCCCGUGGUUCCCAACAUCCAUCCAUCCUGCCCAGGCCCCCUGAGGAAGCCUCCCCUUGGUCCCUCGCUCUGCCUGACACUGCCGACGCUGUUUGCUCCUGUACAGUGGCUCCGCUUGCUCGUCUUGAACUGGUUCCCUAUAGGCACUGCCGCAGCUUGAGGCUAACGACAUUAUAUGACUAUUGUAAUACUAUACUAAAUUUUUUGCUGUGUAUGUUGUAUUUAUCUGUGUUCACAUUAUAUUCUUCAGCAACUGUAUCUAUAGAGCACAGGCAGCUUUAUCCAAAAGAAGGGGACGAAGGGAAAGGAAGUGGGGAAGUACGUGUUGCUUUGGGAAAUUUGGGGGCAAAAUGUGAACUAAGUGCUAAGUAAUGCCUAAUAAAUGACAUAGUACUUUUGUGUAAACUCCUCAGCUAUGUUAUUUCCCAAGUUUGUGCCUUCUUGCUCCCAGCCUUGAGCCCUUUUUUGUAUAUGAAAUAUAAGGAAUGCACUGCUACAUAGUUUGUCACGCCUUGACACUUUAACUUGGAGAGGUUGUAAAGAGCAUGAACAUCCUGCCAGUGCCGGAAGGUAACACCCGCAGCAGAACGGCCCUUCCUGCCCCGGGCGCCAGGGGUGAAAGCUGGGCUGUAGCUGCCUCUUCAUCCACGCUCUGUACCGAGCAGUUGGCUACUUCCCACAGCGCUUUACAUGAGCAGAAGUUGCACUAUACCCGGGUGAAGGUAUUGAGCCGGCUUUGUCCACCUCGGCUGCACUCUCUUCUCUGCGCAAGGAGAGGUGUCGCAGCUCCAUCCCACCCUGUUCUUGCCUCUGGUGCAGAGUGACUGGUUCAGCCAAAGCUCCUGCAUCUGCGCUGCUCCAUGCCCUGCACUGGUGUCUCCCAAAGGACUCCCACCAACUUCGGCUGUGCUCAGAGCCAGUGCUGAGCAGGAAAUGGGAAUUGGUGCAGGGCUGAAUUCUCACCAUGGAUGUGAGGCAAAAACUGACUCUGUGAGCGAGUUUGAGUUUUGGAGGGUUUUUGUCAGGGCCACCUUUCAGGGUCAGUAAGUUACGUGCAAAGAGUACCAUGGAUACCUUGAUGUUUCUCUUCUGUGAGUUUCAAACAUCCCAUCAACAACCGGUCCACUAUCAGUGUACUUUCUUUCUUUCCCUAACACAGCAAGUAUUCUGGUCCUUUCUUCUGUUUCUCUAGGAGAGGUAGACAGAGAGGAUUCCUAGCAGCCCUGAGCUCUUUUUGGGAGUGCUCACUGGCCUCAGCAAAAAGGAUUUCAGAUGAGGGGCUUCAGCAAAGGAGGAGUACGAGAGUUGAAUCAAGAAAAAAAGAGAUUUUGUUUGACCAGAGCUUUGGGAAGACGCACAGAAUGCAGCCCUGCCACCAUCAGCGUUUAUUUCCCUUUAAAGAAAAGUGACCAUCCAGCUCUCCUGCAACCAGAAAGCUCGGAAGUGCUUCUUCUGCUACAUCAAUCUCUCCUGAACUGCAGCAAUUCACUCCUAUUUCUUUGUUUCUACCAGAGCAACAUGAGCAGAAGGGACAGAACCAAGACAAUAGCCAUCUCACUAAAUAAAUAGCAGCGUGUGGAGCCUGCCACCGGUAAAACAUAAACCAAUCACUAGUUUAUGUGCCAAACUGACUGAAACAGUACAGCUCAAGAGCCAGGGAGAAACUAACCCCGGCUGCAAGUACCAAGGGCUGCUUUUUACUUUGGAUAGAACAUCAGAAGCUCCCAGUGGCUGGAGUUUGUGGUGUACAACAAAAAGCCCCCAAACCCACAACAUGCAGGUGUUAAAAACUGGUGAAAGUACUGCAGAUACUUGUGCAAAUACGUGCCUGGCACACCACUACCAUUAGUGUUUUGUUCCUGCUUAGAACACUUGCCCGGCGGCAGCUGCUGCGGUGCCAGGCAGGAGCAGCCCGGCCGGAGCAGCAGCUCUGUGCGCUCCACCGCAGGACCCGCAGCCACCACACUGCCGAGGCCACCGGUGCAGGAACACGGCCCCUCCUGAGCACCUCCAUCGCCGUGUGUGCACCGUGUCCCUCGAGCAGCACGUGUGAGGAGGAGGUGACAUGGACUGGUGGCCUCUCUCCUGCGGGAGGGUGCUGUAGGAGCCUCCACUGGCAAGGCGAAAGCCACCGGCACCUUGUUAGCACAUCACUCUGGGAUUUAGGGAAGCAAAGCCUUGCAGCAAAGUGACCAGCAGCAGCUCAGCAAGGCUGGCCCUGAUCCUGGCCCUUUUCUGUCGCAGCACUUCGAUGUUAAGCCUUGGGGUAAAGAACUAAGAGUAUCUAUUUUGUAACCAAAUGAUGCAAUUUUUGUAUGCUUUUAGGCAGCACUUGCCAUUGGAUAGUGAUGCUUUUAUGUCAAUGAUUCUCUGACUUGCUAUAGAGUUAUUUUAUGUUAAGAAGAAAAUAAAAAGCAUUCAGAUGUGCCAAAAAUGUGAGGUUAACUGAAGUGUAAUUAGCUCUGAAAGUUCCUCUGUAACCUGCCUGAUGUUACACUAGAUUUCCAGAACUGCCGGUACAAUGCAGUAGUUUUUACCUCUAUAAAGUUUUAAUAUAAAGUGAAGAAAGAUGCUUACCCUUAAAAAAUGGCAAUGCAGACUGGUGUGAACUGAUGUAUUUUAUUAAUAGAUUCUCCUUGUGAUGUAAGUUUAAAUAAAUUGUUGGGUUAUGGAAGAUUGUAA